AUUUUCUCUAAAACUAAGCGAACAUAACAAAUGCUGUGUGUAGGAGACCAAGCCACAGAGGAGGACGAAAGUGGUCCCUGCCCCGGCACUACCAGGUCACGUGACAGCAGAGCCGUGGGCCCAGACGAAAGCGAACUGGAUUCUGAGGCUGAGCUCAUGAGAAGUAUGGGGCUGCCCCUUCAGUUCGGUGGGGUGUCUGCACAUAAGAAUUUUGAGGUAUCCAUGAAUACUAGAAACAAAGUUAAAAUUAAAAAGAGAAAGAAAAAACAUCAAAAGAAGUACUUGGAGGAAAUCAUGAUAGAAUCUUGGAGACAAGAUUAUGAAGAAGAUGACAUUUUGGCUCCACACACCCCGCCUUCAGUUGAGCAGUGUGAGAACACCAGAGCGUGUAAACUUCAAACCAAAGAAGACACUGAAACUGAAAAUCUUCCUGUCGAAAAUACUGUAUCCCCAAAGCUAGAAAUUACAGAGAAAUGGGAAAGGUAUUGGCAUGAAUAUGGUGCAGGACUGUUAUGGCAAAGCUGGCAAGAAAAACAUCCCGACCAGAUGCUGUGUCUUGAACCUUGGAACGUCCCUGAUACAAAGGAAGAAUGGGAACAGCAUUACAGUCAGCUCUAUUGGUAUUAUUUGGAGCAGUUUCAUUACUGGGAAGCACGGGGUUGGACUUUUGAUGCCUCAGAGAGCUGUGAUGCAGAAACUUACGGGUCUAAAAUGGAAGGUGACAACAAGACAGAUGAAUGUUACAUGAAAACAGACUCACUUGCUUCUCCAUCGUCAUCAACUGGCAGCGAAAGUUCUAGUUCAAGUGGUGGAGAUCAUAAUGAAAUACUUGAUGGGAUUAGCAAUAUAAGUCUGAAUUCAGAGGAGGUGGAACAGAGCAGGUUGGAUUGCUCUGUGAGUGGUGGUGGACGUCAGCGGCCAGGUGACGCUGACAGGGGAAGAGAAUGCCCUGCUUCUGGCCAAAGUGAACCAGGCAAUGGAGGAACCAAAGAAAGCGGCUUGUCUGAGAAGAGAAACACCGAGCAACCAGCUCAGGAUUCACAGGAGUCAUUAGAAGCAAACGCAGCCAAAGACAGGCCCCACCCUGAGGGCACUGAUGGAGACGAGAGUGAGGAAGAGCCACCUGAGCAGAAGCGGAGCAAACUCCGGAGGAGCCAUGAACUGGACAUCGAUGAAAACCCAGAUUUGGACUUUGAUGACAGCGGUUCCCUUCUAGGAUUCAAGCAUGGCUCCGGGCAAAAAUACGAUGGAAUUUCAGAUUUCAGCCACCGGCGGGUCAGGUACCUACAGAAGAAUGUGAAGUAUAAGUCAAAGUUCUUGGACAUGAGACGACGAAUCAAUAUGAAAAACAAACACAUCUUCUUUACUGAAGAGCCAGAAAAAACGCUUUUCAAGAAAAGCAAAACUUUGAGUAAGGUAGAAAAAUUCCUAAAAUGGGUUAAUGAACCAGUGGAUGCAGAAGCAUCACAGGAGUCAGUUUCUGGUGACAACGUGCAGGACACGUGCACCAGCAGUGGGUCAGAGGAGCGAGAGACGAAUGCGAAGAAAGGUGACGCCCCGCGGGAGGCGAGCAUCCCGGAACCUGGGGAGGGCCGUGCCGGGUCUCCAGCGGCGGAGCUGCAAGCAGAAGAAAAUGCCGGGUACGGCGCGGCAGCAGCCACCACAGAUGCGGAGGACGGCGUGGCUCGGGCUGCACCAGGCCCCCGUCAGGUGGAAGCUGAAGCUGAAAAUAAGAAGAAGAGGAAGAAGAAGAGAAGCAAGAACAGAAAGGCAGUUGGUCUGCCUCCCGACAUCGCUGCUGUGCCUGAGCUGGCGAAGUACUGGGCCCAGAGAUACCGGCUCUUCUCCCGCUUCGACGACGGCGUCAAGUUAGACCGCGAGGGCUGGUUCUCAGUCACACCCGAGAAGAUCGCCGAACACAUCGCGGGCAGAGUCAGCCAGGCCUUCACGUGUGGUGGCGUCGUCGUCGACGCAUUUUGUGGCGUUGGAGGAAAUACCAUUCAGUUUGCCUUGACAGGAAAGAGGGUGAUCGCCAUUGACAUUGAUCCUGUCAAGAUUGACCUUGCUCGCAACAAUGCAGAAGUUUAUGGGACGGCGGACAAGAUUGAGUUCAUCUGUGGAGAUUUCCUACAGCUGGCUCCUGGUUUAAAGGCCGACGUCGUGUUCCUCAGCCCGCCCUGGGGGGGACCGGACUACGCCACUGCAGAGAUCUUUGACAUCAGGACAAUGAUGUCCCCUGAUGGCUUUGAAAUUUUCAGACUUUCCCAGAAGAUCACUAAUAAUAUUGUAUAUUUUCUUCCAAGAAACGCUGAUGUCGACCAGGUGGCGUCCUUGGCUGGGCCUGGAGGGCAAGUGGAAAUAGAACAAAACUUUCUUAACAAUAAAUUGAAAACAAUCACUGCCUACUUCGGGGACCUGAUCCGAAGAUCAGCCUCUGAAUCCUAACCGAGGUGGCCCAAGGACAGAAGGUCAUGAAGGAAUCAGGACGUUCCUCACGUGACACGUUCCGAAUUUCUCGUCUGUGUUCACUGGUAUUUUGCACCCAUAGGCUUAUGUCACCACGUGAACUGGACACUUAUGGGACACUAAUGAAUGUUAAUGAAGUUCUUUGAGAUCCUUGGAGAACGUUACCUGUAUGUUGUACAUAGGACAGUACGCGUCUGGGGGCAGCUGUGUGCUCUCCUGUGCGUGUGUGCGUGCACAUGUGUGUAGGCCUAUCUGUAUUUUUUUAAAUUAAGUGUUUUUACUGGUGUAAACUGAAGAGUCUCCGUGUCAGUGAAUACACACAGGCCCGCCUCGGGGUGUCUCGUGGUGGUUCUGACUCCCGUCUUCUGGACGUGCCCAGGUGACUUAACCAGCCCCCGCUGGUGGCCCUCGGGCUGUGUGGGGCGCUCUGCGGUUUCCACUGGCUCCGGGCUUUGCUGCUCCUGGGUUUACAGAAGUGACAGACCUCUUCCACUCAGCAUAUAAAUGCGUUUAUUUACCGUUCUUUUCUCACA